AAUUUGGUAGGCACUUCUUUGGUAAUUGUGUAUGCAUUUAUGCCAACGCGAAGUGGAGAGUUGAGUAAAAAAUCAUUUAAGUUCAAUUUAUUUCUAAAAUUGUUACGAAAAAUCAUGCAAUGUGAAGAAAUUAAAUUGAUCUGCUGUAAUUUCAAGAAUCUAACAACUGUUGAUACAAUCUGAGGCCGCACGUGCUGGACACGCGUACGUAUUUAGAAGUAUUUUUUCGGGACACGUGCGAAACACGUCGUCGAUUUCCUGGGACGUUCUUCAAUAAGAAUGUAUAACAGUUUCAAGCCUUUCAUACAAAUUAGAUGAAAAAGCCUGAAAAAUUAGCCCACUGAAAUAUUCGGUGUCAAAUUCCUUAUUAGGAAAAUGAACAUUGGUGUUAAACAUAAAAUUGCAUAUUAUACUUCGUAUUUUUUUCCAGUAAUCACAACUAGUCAUGUGUGAAUAUUAGUGAUCUUCAUGAACUUUAGACAAAAUAUGGAGAAUUAAUAAUGAAUUGCUGAAAUCCUUGAAUGCUUAUAAUGUGAUGAAAACUGGAUAACUGUUUCCUAACAUGAAUUAAACAAAUAAUAACCUAGUUCAUCAUCAAUAAAAAUGUGUGCGAUGAAUAAUUUGGAAUUUGAAAUGAUAAACCGUCAAUACAUCUACCAAACACAUAGUUUUCUUGGAAAUGCGGGGGUACCACCUUUACCUUCUCAUUUCGGUGCCGCAACUACGACUACUCUACCCACGAUCCCAUCGCAAAUACCGUCUCAUACAACAGGAAGUACUGGAAGCACAAGCACAAGCGGAAGCGAUCUUUACUUCUACGAUGAAAAUAGUAGCGAAAAUGAGAGCAUCUAUAGCAGUGAUCAAGAAAAUCAUACGAGAGAGCAGCCUCAGAAUUUUCGCCGAUAUAUUGGAACUGGAAAGUGCCCUCGCCAGGUUGUUCAACAACGACAAGCUGCAAACAUGAGGGAGCGAAGACGCAUGCAAAGCAUAAAUGACGCAUUUGAGGGUUUGAGAGCUCACAUACCUACGUUACCAUACGAGAAACGACUUUCGAAAGUAGAUACUCUGAAACUCGCUAUUGGUUAUAUAAAUUUUCUUAAUGAUCUUGUGAGAGCAGAUAAAGGAAAUGAGUCAUUAAAUGGAAACAACGGUCUUCCAGGAAGAGGUGCAAGUAAUAAUGAUCCUAAAAAGAUCGUAGUUCGUGGUAUUGGCGGCAAUCCUUACAUCUCUCAUUCACUAUCGUGGUCUCGAAAAUCGGAAACUUCACCAAAUGGCAAAAUGUUCGCAAAAGUAUGGAUGCCAGCAGAUCCAAGAAUGUAA